ACUCCUUAGCCUUGCCCUCGUUGCCGUAGCUACGGUGCGAUACUGAUCUAGCUACUGGUAGUCGAUUGCAAAAUUUAUCCAGCUACAUGUAGUACGUGAAGGACAAGGUUCUUGUAAUAAACGGCAAAGAUCGCCUACAACUUGCCAUGAUGAGACUCCCACUUGUGCUUCUGCUCACAAAAAAGACUCGAAGAAACACAUGGGGCCCAGCUAAAGCGGUGUAAAUAAAGGUUCUCAAAAAGAUCGGAUCUUUCAGCAAGGAAACAAAUGGAAGAUCCAAGCCAACUUUAUCCACGAUCCUGCAAAUUUAUAUAGCUCUAGUAGCUCGCUCCUGAUACAGGUUUGUUGGGUGAAGGUGAGCGGUGUCACGAUAGGUCUGUACCAAUCGCCUGCUGCAGAUUGUGCCGAACAAACACUUUUCAACAAACAAGGAUACAGAGCGCUGUUUUGUACUUGCUUUUUGUUGGAUAGAUCCUUCAGGUUUUGGCUCGUUUCUGACGGUAUCGGUAUCCGUGAGUCUAGCUAGCUAGGGUGUCGGGACAAGGAAACGUAGCGACUGCAGCAAACUCAAUGGGUGUUUUUGCCAGUUUGCCAUGGGGUGGUCAGACGUUGCACGUACCGGUACCACCGUCUAACUACGUGUAACUACACUGUACAUGUAAAAGGAAACCUCCAACAUGGUGUGAAUGGACUUCGAUUCAUCAAUCGAAUCUUCAAUCUUCGGUCCCGUUGGUCAAUAUAUUUAACCCUUUUCCUAAAUAUCGCCAGUCGUUACAGCACUGUCCACGGAAGCCUCAUUUUUUGCUCGCCAUUCGCCAUCUUCUGCCAGAACGCAGAACCAAGAGGGCAUUGGUAGCUCAUUACUCUGCACUAUUAAACCUUACCAUGAGGAUGAGAAAGCCCCUUUCCAUCCUUCCUUUGGAAAUCGUUGAACAGAAUCCAGUGGAUGAGGACGACAAUGACUUUUCGUGGGGGAAUUCUACGUACCGUCAAGAAGGUUUGACCAUUGGCAAGGAUUAUCUGAGGUUCGAAGGUAACACUAUCAUUCGAGGAAAGUUGGAUCCCGAAUCUCUGUCUCUGGGAGCCACCAUUGGUAGAGGGGCCUUUAGUCGAGUCCAAAGAGCAGUCUGGAAGUGCAAGGAUGUCAAUUCAAAAUCAUCGUCCAUGGUCGUUGCGGUAAAGCAAUAUUUGCUUUGUGCAACACAACAGAAGCGACAAAUGCUGAUCCAAGAGCUACGGUCUCUCUGCAAAGUAGAAUGUGACGGCUUGGUAAAGCUGCAGGGUGCAUUCUUGGAAAAAGACACAGUCACAAUGGUGCUUGAAUUCAUGGACCAAGGAUCAUUGGACAACGUCAUUUCGAAACGAGACACUCUCUUUACACCACCAACUGUAGCUGGUGUCGCAUUCCAGCUAUUGCAUGGCUUGGAUCAUUUACAUAAACAUCGAAUUCUUCACCGGGAUGUAAAAAGUGAAAACUGUCUCCUGAACUCCAAAGGGGAAGCCAAACUUUGUGACUUUGGCAUUGCUGCUCUGAUGGGCGACCAGUCCAUGAACAAGACAGUUGUUGGCACAACGAAAUUCAUGGCCCCGGAAAGACUCAGAGCACAAAAAUAUGGAACGUCCAGCGAUAUGUGGAGUUUUGGGCUUGUCUUGUGCCAUAUGAUCACAGGCGAGAAGCCUUGGGACGACGUGAAUUCUAUUGUAGAUCUUCUCGUAACAGUUGAAGAGACAGAUCCCGCUGUUCCCAUCGAAUCAACACAUGAAAUUGAAGAUGGCUUGAGGGAAAUCUUGGCCAGUUGCAUGAGACUGGAAAGUGAAAAGAGAAUGCCUGCCAGGAUAUUGCUGCAUUCUCCGUGGUUUUCAGUAAUGCAUGCCAUUGCUUCCUUUCAAGAGGCUGUAGAUGUCGUUGUAAAAGUACUAUAGGCAUCAUAUAGAUAGUCUGAUGGGAUUGUAGCAGCUAUUGUAGCUAUCUGAGAGGAUUGACUGCUGAGAUACCCCUCGAACCGUACUUUCGACAGGUAUCUCUGCUGAAGCAUCCGCAAAAAAUCCAACUAGCUGGGACGAAGCACAAUGUCAAGCAGAGUGCUGAUUUACAGCAUACAUCGUACCGGUACAUCAAAAAACUGGCAGGAAAUCCCGCAUUUCUUUUCCCCCCUUUGUUAAAAACGCUGGUUUGAAUUUCUGCGGACAAAAACAAACUAUCACAUCAUGGUAGAUUAUAACUGUGUGCUCCUUCUACCGCCAAUCCCAUUGCUACAUGUACCGGUGCGGUAGCUAGAUGUUGGCCCUAGUCUGGGACUUGGCUGGAGAACCACGAACCCCUGUACUUCACAGGAGUUGGUCCAGGAGGACUAGCUAGCUAGUGAGUCCAGGAGUUGGUCCGGGUGUUCUUGGUCUUGGUGUGGGCCCGGAGCAAGUCCAGCAGUGGGCCCUGGAGUUGGUGCUGGCGCUGGAACGGGGCGAGAGAGGUGAGCCCAGCAGCCCAGCAGAGGCAUGUGCUGGCGUCUUUGCAGGUGUAUGCAUAGGGCCAGGAGCUGGAACCAGCAGUGGG